ACACACACACACACACAUACACACACACUCACACACACUCUCACACACUCUAUCACACACUCACACACACACACACACACUCACACGAGUUUGGUGUUGUGAGUUUUUCCUUUAUUGCAGAUGAUCGGUAUGAAGUUCAGUGAAACUCUGAGCUGUCGUCUUUCUUCAUCUUUGACUUCCUGCCCGUCACAAACAGUCACAGUUUCAGUGUUUAAAGUCACUCGUCGUCUUGAGACUCACAGGACAGACAGUGAGAGUGAAGAACAGAAAGAGAGAUGGAUGGAAGAUAUUUCAUGUGUUUGUUCUGUCUGCUGGUGACUGUGAGCGCACAAGGCGACACUGGAAAAGACAAAUCUAUGAUCAAAGCUACAGCUAUUGAUGGCGAUAAUGCAGUUAACCUCACAUGUGACGGAGGAAUCUGGACAAACAAUGAAAACUUCAUCAUAGUUGAAAAAUAUGGAGAAUACACCUGCACUAAAACUGAUGAAGAGGAUGUAAAAGAAACGAUUACUGUCAAAUUCAGAAGAAGUGAAGAUUUGAUCCAGCUGGACACUCCGGCGUUUGUCAGUAUAUUAUUGAGUGACAUCGCAGUGACCGCUCUGAUUGGCUGGGCCAUUUACAGCAUCUGUGCUCAACCGAAAACUAAAAGCAGCUACCAGGGCAACAAAGCCUCUGACAGGCAGGUUUUAAUCAAUCAUACAGAUGGACAAACUUAUCAGCCGUUGAGCGCCGGCCGCACAGACGAGUACAGCACGCUACACGGAGCCAGAAAGAAUAAAAGAGGAAAUCAGGGGGUUUAAUAACAUAAAGACAAUGUUUAGCUUUUCAUCCUUUUCAUUUCUGUUUUCAAAUCUGUUUAUUGAGCUGAAACACUGAAUGUGCCGCAGUGAUGCACACUUUCCUCACACUUUUAAUUAAUGCUUUUACAUGUGUUUUGCAAUCAAACAGCAAUUUCUGCAAUUCAUUAGACACAGAUUCAUUACAGAUAUAAAGUGCUUUUAUUUGAAAUAUUUUGUAAUUAAAUGUUGCGCUUGUAAUCUCUUUUCUUCAUCAGAAAUAUCCUGAUAUAAUGUGUUUCUGCUAAUAAAACUGUGUGAUUAA